UCUUGAAAACUGCAGGCAGCCAUGGGUUCUAAACACCAAAGCUCCAGAUUCUCUUCUUCAUCGUCUUCUCCUUCAAUUUGUUUCUCUAAUAGAUUUUCCACCAUUUUAACUGUAACCAUCCUCUUUACUUCGCUUUAUCUUUUCAUUUCACCCAUCAAGCAUGGCUCUGAACCAUUGGCUAGGACAAUAAUGGAGACAGGAUUCAAUGGUGAUCUUAGAGAUGCUAACUUCCCAUGGAAUAGCCUUUUUUUUGGUAACAAUUUUGAGAAGCUUAAGCUUGCUGUAUUCUCCAAAACAUGGCCUAUUGGUGCUGCCCCUGGUGGCAUGGAGCGUCAUGCUGCAACAUUAUACCAAGCUUUAGCUGCUAAAGGCCAUGAAAUCCACGUCUUCACCGUGCCGUCCGAUCGAAAGCCUCACAUUGACAUCCAUCAAGGUAAUCUCCAUGUAUAUUUUGCAGCCAAUGAUCAUGGUUCUGUCAAUUGUUCAUUAGCAUUCGAGAUAUUCAACACAAUAAACGCUAAUGGACAGUUUGAUUACGUGCAUACCGAGAGCGUUUCCUUGCCUCAUUGGCGUGCGAAAAUGGUGCCUCAUGUAGCAGUAACUUGGCAUGGAAUCUGGUAUGAAAUUAUGCACUCAAAGUUAUUUGAAGAACUUGUUUUUAACUCACAGGAGACAAUACCAAAACCAGUAAGUGAACUUCACGAAGCAAUGCCGAGAUUAGUCGAUGAAAUCCGGUUUUUCCCGAGCUAUACGCAACAUAUAUGUAUCAGCAAGAGUGCUGGUGAAGUACUAGUUAACAUCUAUCAACUCCCUCAAAGGAAUGUCCAUGUGAUACUUAAUGGUGUUGAUGAGACCAAAUUUGUUCAUGAUCCUGAAUCCGGCACAAGGUUCCGGAAAAAGCACGGUAUCCCCAUAAAUGCAAGCAUCGUAAUGGGGGUUGCCGGACGUUUAGUUAGAGACAAAGGCCACCCAUUUCUACAUGAAGCUUUCUCAAAGAUUACCAAAACAUACACUGGUGUUUAUCUACUUGUUGCAGGAUCUGGUCCAUGGGGGAAAAGAUAUGCAGAGUUAGGCUCAAAUGUGAAAGUUUUAGGUGCAUUGGAGCCUUCGGAGCUUUCCGAGUUCUACAAUGCGAUCGACGUGUUUGUAAACCCGACGUUAAGACCUCAAGGGCUUGAUCUUACGUUAAUGGAAGCAAUGCAUUGUGGGAAACCAGUUUUGACACCAAAUUAUCCUAGCAUAGUUGGGUCAGUAGUUGUGAACCAAAGUUAUGGAUACACAUUUUCACCCAAUGUAGAGUCCCUUGUUGAAGCAUUGAAAUCAGUGAUAAAAGAUGGGGCAAAAGUGUUGAAGAACAAAGGGAUUGCUUGUAGACAACAUGCAUUAUCAAUGUUUACUGCUACUAAAAUGGCGGAUGCUUAUGAAAGGUUCUUUCUAUGUAUGAAGAAUGAUAGAUUCUGUCACUACCCUCUUCCCACAGAUUGUUAGAAAAACAUUCAUUUUCUUAACCUUUUUUUUUCUUUUCUGAAAUUCAUGUAGGUAUAUGAAGAUUUAAUAUACUAUUUGAUUAUGUACUUAGUUGUUAUUCUUAUACUUCAACACUGUAUCUUUUCUUGAAUCAUUUCAGAAAUAAAAAUGUGUUAAUCCACAGAUAAA